AUGACUACUAUAAUACGUACUUAUAAUGAACCUAUGUUAAGCAUUCAUACUUCUGUAGCCAGUGGACAAUUAUAUCUUGUUCAAAGAUUGAUAGCGGACGGUUGUGACCCUAAUUUACCACAUACAACAACAGGCCUUAGGCCCAUUCAUUUUGCUGCUUCAAGAGGCCACAUCGACCUUGUUCAGUAUCUUGUGGAAUCAACUCACUCCUGUCAAAUAGACGCUGUAGACAAAGAAGAAGAGACUGCGCUUUUAAAAGCAGCUUAUGCAGGCCAUUUCUCAGUAGUCAAAUACCUUAUUGAACAUGGUGCUGAUUAUCUUCACCAAGACCGCGAUGGUUGGACUGCAUUACACAAUGCUUGUUCCUGUGGUAAUUUCGAAAUGAUUAAAUUCCUGUGCAGUCAACCUCAUAUCGAUGUCAAUAUCACUAGUAAACAAGGACAUACGCCCUUAAUGAACGCAGCAUCCAAGGGCUAUGUGGACAUUGUACUCUGGCUAUUGAAACACAAUGCAAAUUCAUUAGUUAAAAAUAAUUUUGGAGAGACAGCAUAUGAUGUGGCAGCAGCAGCCAAUGAAGCCUAUCUUUGCCAUUUAUUAGAUCCACACCACCUUAUUGAUUUCCACAUCACGAUACCAGUCAUUCUCAUUGAACAAGUUACAUACCAGCAACACACGUCUUAUCUCUCGCUUACCUUGCCUACAGAGACAAACACUAUUGAUUAUUAUACACACAAAGAAGAACACGUACAGAAUAAAUCUAAAAUGAAAUUACCCAAUACAUCAUGGUUUUGGCUGACAGAUUGGACAGUGGAUCAUACAUUUCCUCGGUUAGAUGAACUUGGGUGGUCUUAUUAUGAUCAAAAGCACGAUACUUGGUCAGAACAAAAACCCAGUCAUUAUCGAAAACACCACAUCAAGCGACGUAGAUGGGUUCGUAUCAUGAAAAAAGCAGCCAUGUUGACAGAAAGGAUAGUACAAAAUGAGCAGGUGGAUCCAGAGAUAAGCAAUCAAAGACAUUCAAGUAACAGCACAAGAUCAUUAAACACAACCACCUUAACAAAAGCCAUCUUUGUGGGUUGUUCUACAUUACCUCAACCUCUGUUACAAGAACAAAUGUCUACCAAUGACACGAUAACAGCCUGGGAAAGAAACGACCAAGUUAUGAAUUGCAGAAGGUGUCAUCGCUUCUUUAAUCUGUUAGUGAGAAGACAUCACUGCAGGAAAUGCGGUCAAAUCAUUUGUGAUCGAUGCUCUACAAACCGUAUUAUGCUGUCUAGGGAAGAGAUUAUUCAGCCGCCUGAUCAUCAAUUAGAAGCAUAUCAACCACAGCGUAUUUGUGAUCAUUGUGUAGAGCAAAUAGUGAUUGCAAACAGCAAAAAGAAGAAGAGAAACAGUAUGAUGACUGAAUGUCCUGUAUGUGUAGCACCUUUGUUUGACUUCAAUUCAGUACAAGAACAAGAGCAGCAUAUACAGUCAUGUCUAUCAAAAGGACAGGCAUCAUCUUCAGUACGUUAUGUGGUGUAUAAACUCAAUUCAGAUUCAACAUUGAUUGGGCAAGAGUGUGUUAUUUGCUUUGAAGAGUUUAAGUUAGGUAAAUAG